AUGAAGGGCAUGUGGUUUGGUGGCCACCAGCCCGUGGGGCAGAUUCUCCCAACCGAGGGGCCGCCCCGUGGCCCCGCUGUCCCGCCAGGUCCCCUCGCCCUCCACGUGCUCCAGAGCAGCGUGUUCCUGCGCCCGGGCGCGUCCCACACGGACGGGCUGGCGCUGCUGGGCGACGUGGCCGCCGCGGCCUGGGAGCCGCGGAACCACACGAUCCGCUUCCUCCGUCCCUGGGUCUCGCCGGCCUUGGCGCCGCCCGUCUGGGCCGACCUGGAGUUCCUCUUCGACUCCUACCUCCACAACCUCGCCCACCUGGUGGACCAGCUGGCCCAGCGCAAGGCCCUCACAUACCCCAUGGUGGUUCAGUGCUCCAUGGGCUGCCACGUGGCUCCUGACAACAGCAGCUUCUUCGAGGCCGCUUUCGAGGGGCGGGGCUUCCUCGGCUUCAGCCCGCGCAACGGCAGCUGGACGCGGCGGCGCGACGAUGACGUGGCGCGCGACGUGCAGGCGAUGCUGAACGACGACAAGGGCACCAGCGACACCCUCACGCAUCUCCUCAACGUCACCUGCCCCAAGAGCCUCCUCGCCCUGGGUCGGUUGGGGAAGGAGGAUCUGGAGAGGCAAGUGCAACCAAUGGCCGUGGUCUUCGCCCAUGAGACGCCCGACCUGUCGCAGCUGCUUCUCGUGUGCCGCGUCACCGGCUUCUACCCGAGCGCCGUGCGCGUGUCCUGGCUGCGGGACGGUCACGAGGUGGCGCCGCAGCCCGGGCCGGGCUCCUCGCCGCUGCUGCCCAACGCCGACCUCACCUACCAGCUGCGGCGCGCGGUGGCCGCGGUGCCUGGCGCCGCGCACGGCUACGCCUGCCGCGUGCAGCACAGCAGCCUGGGCGGCCGCGACCUCCUGCUGCCCUGGGAUCCGGAUGGAGCCCAGACCGGCCACGUCACGUGGAUCGUCGUCGUCGUCGUCCUCCUCAUCGCGGUGCCCUUGGCCAUCAUUGCCUUCCUGUAUUGCCGGCGGCACAAGAGCUACGAGGACGUGGGUGCCGCCCGGCGCCCGGGCUCCCUCAUGUAGCCUCCCAUCGUCGUCGAUGCCACCGGGGACGUGGAGGCGGGAGGAGC